AUGUCCUCUGCACUUAUUAUAAUUGUGUUGCAGCUGACCAGAUCCGAGAUUAGUGACAUUAAGAUCGCGCCAUACUCCAUGCUCAUACCAUCGGAGUCUUACUUUGCUGACUCAAUGCAGCACAACUCGGCCCACUAUAUAUGGGCCAACCGCACUUACCAGCCGUCGCAGCCACCACCAGGACACUUGAACCAGCAUUUCCCGCAAUUACAACCGUACUCGCCGGGAGUUUUUCUCGGUCACAAUGGACAUGCAGAUAGAUCGGCUCAUAGCUAUUCCCAGGAUCUGCCAGCAGCAUCCCCGUAUAUUCUCCUAGCACCCGUUAGCGCUGAACGGCAGAGUCCCUCGCCAAGUCAUCCGAUGCCUCAUUCUCUCCCAUUUUAUUUUGCUCCAACACAUUGGUACAACCAACCCUUGAUUACCUCCUCCCCGCCAUACAUGGUGGAUCACCAUGCCUAUCAUAUACCCGAAGCGGCCCCAAUUUUUUUUCCCCAUCACGCUUCUAUAAGCUCGCAGGCUUCCUCCAUGGUCCAGGACCCUGUUUAUCCUCAACAAGAGUCAGAACCAGUUGAUUCCGAUAAUGGAUACCUAGUAUGUGUGUUAAACUCGCGACGACGACCUCAAUGUUGGGAUUGGGAUCAUGGCUGCAAUGGUCGGGAGUUCUCGAGCUUUAGCAAUCUUCUGCGACACCAGCGUGAAAGGUCGGGCGCAGUUACUAAAGCAGAAUGUUCUAUAUGUGGAGCUGUUUUCACUCGCAAAACAGCACGCAAUACUCAUAUUAUUGAGGGUAGAUGUCCAGGUGUUGGAGUUCAAAUGGGGGGACAACUGACUAUGGCGGGCUAG